AUGGAGUGCUAUAUUGAGAAAUACCAGUCCUUGGUGAACCGAAGUCCUAUGGUGGAUGCGGAGUUUAUAGCGGGGCUGCUCCCCGGAGUGAGGCAAACAGUAAUCGCCUUGGCCACGGACAGGGAAUUGAGGGCCAAAAAAGCGGAACUCGCUGACAUGAUGGAGUACCUCCGCAGACUGGAAAGGAAAACCGCUACUUCCACAGCCUUAGCCGAAAAGGAAGAAAGCGGGCCUGGGAAUGAUCCCGAUUUGGAACCAAUGGAUAUUGGGCCUGCGAACACCAAGCCAGCUAAUCACGGGGCUGGAGGCGGCUACCGUCAGCUGACGGCGACCUCAGCACCCAGAAAGCAAGAGGGAGACUCUGAAAGGCGUACCUGCUUCUUUUGCACGAAGGGGCCAAGCGAGAUAACGGCCGCACCUACAGACCCACCUCGAGUCAAUUCAGUACUUGUACAAGUACGAAUAAAGGGGCAGGAUUUUAUGGCCCUACUCGAUACGGGAUGUGAAGUGGAUAUGAUAUCGGAAGCCGCAGCAAGGAGAUGCAGCCUGCCGGUCUACUCGUUGGCACAAUCUCUGAGCCUACGCUUCGCAGAUGGCAGGCAGGAUAGUAGAAUCGGCAAAACUAUGAGCGUAAAAUGCUCCAUCAGCUCCAAAGCAGGGCACAUUCCUAUGACUAGGGACGUCUACGUUGGACCUGUUCACCACGACUUAAUACUAGGCAUGCCGUGGGUGACCCAGUGGAAGGCGCAAAUGCGUCCCUCUGGUGGUGCCGUAGAGGUCAUUCCGCCUGGAAGUGAUGAGAGAGUGCACCUCUCAGCGCUCCCAACGGCAUUUGCAUCGGGGAGCGACAAAGCUUCCCCACCGUGCAAAGGCACCGAAGAGAAUAAUGGAGGCACGCACGCACUCCGUCGUGUUGCUCUGGUACAAAGGGACGUUUUGGGGGAAUCGAUCCAGUUAACACCCGAGGAACGGCAGAAGUGGGCAAAAUUGAAGGAAGAGUUCUCUGAUGUACCCAAUAACAAAGAGCUACCGGCGGGCAGGCCACCCGCUGGACGCUCUAUGCACCGCAUCGAACUCAUCCGCGGCUCAGCCCCAAGCUUUGUUCCACGGUACAGGCGACCCCCGCAUCUGGAAGAGGAAAUUGAGCGAGUGGACGAGAUCCUCGACCGCCUACAAGGUUCAGCGGUAUACUCAGCAUUUGACUUCGCUGAGGCCUUCUUGCAGAUCCAUAUUCACCCUGAGGACAGGCACAAAACGGCGUUCCACACCCGCACUCGCAAGGUGGAGUACACUUGUAUGCCAUUUGGCCUCGUGAAUGCACCUGGUGAACUGCAGAGGCAUGUCAAUCACGACUUCCUGGGGCCAUUCGCCGAGGGGUGGGUGGUGAUAUACAUGGAUGAUGUGCUUGUGUUCAGCCGAAAUGUGCAGGAGCACUCGCAGCACCUCCGGCGGGCGCUCCAGCUACUGCGCGAUUCAGCGAUGGCCGCUACACCUGUACACGAGGACGGACGUUCAGAAGUUCCUCGGGCUCGCCUCAUACUAUCGCAAUUUCAUUCCUCAAUCGCUCGUAUUGUUGGAUCUCUGACUGAUCUUCCUAAGAAGGAGAAGCAGACGAUUUGGAUGGAGAACGAGGAUGAAGCCGCCCGACGCCUGAUCGGGCACCUGACAUCAUCCCCAGUACUCGCGCUGACUGACUUUGAUAAAUCCUUUUUCCUCACGACUUAUCCCAGUGACACUGCUAUUGAUGCUCUUUCGAUCCAGUAG